UUCUUUUUAAGGCCAGAAUAAAAUUCAUCUCAUUAAGUCCACGACCAUUGGAGUACGAGAGGGUGAGGCGUCGAACACUUUCCCCCCGAAAAUUCUUUCACUCUUGUUUAAGGAUCCAGAGACUCUUCUGAACUCUCUCCUCUCUCUCUAGGUGUAACGAUGGAUAAGAAAGCAGUUGUAUGUGCUGAAAGGGCUACUAGAAUAAUGCUUGAAAGUCCUGAUUGGAAUGAGGUCGCCGAGUUAUGCAAAAUUCUUAAAUCGAAUCCUGGGCAAACAAAGGAUGCGUUGAAAUAUCUUAAAACACGACUUUGGCAUACAUUACCACGGAUGCAACAUCUGUGUCUCAGUGUUUUAGAAACUCUUUGUGAAAAUUGCGGGGAUCAGGUGUUUGGGCCAAUUGCUGAGCUUGGAAUCUUGGAAGAUAUGGUCAAAAUAGUGCAGAAUACGCCAUACUUAAGUGUGAGGGAUCAAAUACUGGUCUUAAUAGAUAGGUGGCAGGAAGCUGUGGGAGGGUCUUCUGGAAGUUCUCUGCAGUACAAUGAUGCAUAUCGAAAACUAAAGUCAGCUGGAGUUGACUUCCCACCUCGAGAAGAGAAUAGUGUUCCUAUCCAUGCUCCUGGUCUCAGUUCUGGAUCCAUGACGACAGCCGCAGUGUCUAGUUCGGGUCCUACUGCUGAUAAUCACUUGGGAUGGUUGCACCAAAAUAUGCUUGUUCUCCUAGGACACACCACGGCACAUGAAAGCUAUGGAUUGGAAAUGAAACGAUUUGAGGAGGAUUGAACAAACCCCAAUUUCAUUAAAUGCUUUUACAUGUGUACAGAAAGAAAGUGAGAAAGUGAUCAAGUCAGCAACGAUGAAGCUCUGUUUCUUCAGUCCCCCCUUUACAUUUUGUUUGGACUGUUGAGUAUAAGAUUCCCUUUUGACUGUUUCUUCUACUUGAUCGCUAUUAAACUGUAGACCUUGUAAUCUAUGGAUGUGUCUCCUGAUUGAUCUCUCUUUUGCAACUGUAGACCUUGUAAUCUAUGGAUGUGUCUCCUGAUUGACCUCUCUUUGUGCAUUUAAGCUUUUAUGGUCUCUUCUGGAGCUUCAUUUCUUAACAAA